AUGGCUAAAUCACAUCAGUCCCCAAGGAAGGGGGCCAAUACUCCGGCGGACGUGAAGCCAGAAAACAUCUCUCCUUCGCAACCCAAAGAAUCUUUCGACGUGGUCAUCGUCGGAGCUGGAGUUUCUGGAAUCAAUACCGCUAGAUACCUCGAAAGCGAUGCCCCGCGAGGGACAUCCUACGUCAUACUAGAUAGACGCAGUCACUGGGGAGGAACUUGGGAUCUUUUCAAAUACCCAGGCAUUCGAUCCGAUUCAGACAUGUCUACAUUUGGCUAUUCAUGGAACCCAUGGCAUUUGGACAAACCUCUCGCGACAGGACCUGAAAUAGCCACAUAUCUCUCCAGCUCCGCGGCGAAGGUUGGCGCAGAUCAACAUACUCGGUUUCAACAUCAAGUCUUAUCUGCUAACUGGUCCUCUGCUGCCUCUCGAUGGACGGUCACUGCGACGAAGUCCGAUGGUGAACGAGUAGACUUUAUCUGUCGCUUUAUGGUACUUGGAACUGGAUAUUACAACUAUGAUGAGCCUCUGAAAACAACCAUACCGGGUCUAGAUCAGUUUUCUGGUCGCGUCAUCAAACCCCAAUUCUGGCCCGAGAAGCUUGACUACAUGAACAAGAAGAUCGUGGUAAUUGGGAGCGGAGCCACUGCAGUCACCUUGUUACCAUCUCUAGCAGAGGACGCAAAACACGUCACGAUGCUGCAACGUAGCCCAACAUAUAUCGCGACAUUGCCAAUGUCAGGCGGGAUUGUUUCAAAGGUCCUUGGGGCAAUUCUACCAAAGGUCGUUGUGCGCAGGUGGAAUCGGGUCCGGCGCCUCCUGAUGGGCUACAUGUUCUAUUAUUUUUGCAUGUGGUAUCCAAAACAGGCUCGUGACCUCCUCGAGAGAGGAAGUGCCUUGCAGCUUCUCCCAGGGGCACCUGUUCGACCAAAUCACUCUCCGCGGUACAAUCCCUGGGAACAGAGACUCUGCGUCUGCCCUGACGGAGAUUUCUAUGCAGCACUGAGAUCUGGAAAGGCUGAUGUCGUCACUGAUGUUAUUGAAGAAGUCACUAGCCAUUCAAUUGUGCUAAAGUCAGGCCAGAAGCUACAGCCAGACAUUAUCGUAGCAGCUACUGGGCUGCAACUUCAAUUUGCCGGAGGGAUCAAGAUAUCCAUUGAUGAACAAGCCAUCAAUCCCUCGUCGAAAUUCGCCUGGAAAGGCUGCAUGCUCCAGGACGUACCAAACCUUUUCUUUGUCAUAGGCUACGUCAAUGCGUCGUGGACUCUGAGUGCAGAGACGACUGCCACGCUUCUUGUACGACUUUUAUGGCGGAUGCGGGCCCGUGGCGCAAAUGUAGCUUUACCAACACUACAACAACCAGAGAAGAUGACCCAAGUACCUCUGUUUAAUCUUUCGUCGACCUACGUCAAAGGCUCAGCAAGCAUAUUCCCCAAAGGAGGCAUUGGGCAAUGGGCACAGAAGAAGAAUCACAUUGUAGACGCAUGGCAAUCGAGUUGGGGCGAUAUAGUGUCAGGGUUGACCUUGAAGUGAGUGCGGACUUACAUUAUGGAGUAGCAUUGUAAAUUGAAUAGAAGCUCUGCUCAUCAUUCUCCUUACGUACCUCAAUAGCGUUAAUGUUAUGUUUCA